AUAAUCACAAAUUGGAAAUAAAUAUCAGGUUCGCCAGAAGUUGCCGGUCGUGGUCGUAAGGUUGAUAGCAAACAAUUUCCAACAAAUCGUUUGAUUAGAACGGUGUGUGAUUAAUUGAUUUUUUCUAUAUCGCUGUGUUGAGAACUCACUAACAAUAAUGUUGGCCGUACGCGGAGCACUCUUUUCCACUGCAAAGAACUGCAGCGCCGUGCUGGGCUGCCGAAGCAAGCACACGCUGCCGGAUUUGCCGUACGAUUUCGGCGCUCUCGAGCCGGUCAUUUGCCGCGAAAUCAUGGAGCUUCACCACCAGAAGCAUCACAACGCGUACGUCACGAAUCUGAACGCGGCGGAGGAACAGCUGCAGGAUGCGGUGGCGAAACAGGACGUGUCCAAGAUUAUUCAGCUCGGCAAUGCGAUCAAGUUUAACGGAGGUGGUCAUAUUAACCAUUCCAUUUUCUGGAAGAAUCUAUCGCCCGACCGCAGCGAUCCGUCGGCGGAACUACAGAAAGCGUUGAACCGUGACUUCCAAAAUAUGGAGAAUUUCAAGAAGGAAAUGAAAGCAGCCGCCGUUGCUGUGCAGGGCUCCGGUUGGGCAUGGUUGGGUUACAACAAAAAGACGAAGCUGCUGCAGAUUGCUGCCUGCCCGAAUCAGGAUCCUUUGGAAGCAACUACUGGUCUUGUCCCACUGUUGGGGAUCGAUGUGUGGGAGCACGCUUACUAUCUGCAGUACAAAAACCUAAGACCCAACUACGUCGAUGCCAUAUUUGACGUGGUCAACUGGAAGGAUGUUUCCGAGCGAUUGGCAAAAGCCCACUAAGAAUUGCAGCACCGUUUAACGGGCAGGCGAAUUCAAAUCACUAGCACCGGGGCAAGUUGUAUAAAAAUGGCCCAUUAAAUAUCCUACUGCUGUGCUUAUUGUCCUUUGUCAAACACAAAUAUAUCGAUUGCAGUUUGAAAUAAAAAUAUUAGCUGCAUUAGCUGCAUGCCUUUAUCUUUGCUAAGCAAAA